AUGAAUGUAAUCCUCAACGAACUGAUCAAGCGAACACCACUCGAUUUUCGACGAUUACUCCUUGCUAGCACAGCAUUAGUUGAAGUCAAUUUAAUUCCGACGGCUUUCAAUACUGAUUGGUCGAUAGAGUACAGGAAUGCAUCCAAUGACUAUGUCUUGAGAAAUGUUCCAGUUAUGUAUGCUAACGGUACAUGCAACUGUGCUGUUUCUAGCGAAUGUCAAGCACCAUUGAGAAUUGGUCCUCCUGAACUUGUCUUGCCCGGUCUUGUUGUCGGUUGUUUGCCAAUAGAUGGAUUACGUAUGUCAACACUCGAAUGUUUCUUCUCAUCAAACUGCAUCAACACGAUUCUCAAUUAUUUGGAAUAUUAUACAUUGCCAGACAAAUCAAAAGCACUCAAUUUUACCUUUCCUGAAGUACUUCCGUUGAUCUUGAAUCCCCUAAACGAAUCAAUACCAUCCCAUUUUUCCCCAGUCACACUGAUUGGUACAAUAAUCGAUGAGCUGUUCAUCGAAAAGUGGGAAAAUAUCACGAGCUACGAGAACUAUUAUGAUGCAUGUUCACCGACCAUAUGUAAUUACAAAUAUAGUCAACGUAGAGGUGUUUUGUAUGUAAUUACAUCGCUGCUUUCUCUCUAUGGUGGACUUACUACCAGCUUACGAUUUAUUGUUUGGAACGGUAUGAAAUUAUAUCAAACAAUAAAAUCAGCUCGACGUAUUCAUCACACAACAGUUGCAUCACAAAAUAGCAUCAAUUAG